GAGAUGAGUGCAGAAGCUGGGAAGAAGCGUGGACAUGCUCCUACCUCUGGGGACAGGAAGUCUAAGAGGAAGCCUAAGAGAAAGGAAACCUAUUCAGUCUAUAUCUACAAAGUACUGAAGCAGGUGCACCCAGACACUGGCAUCUCCUCCAAGGCCAUGAGCAUCAUGAACUCCUUUGUCAACGAUAUCUUUGAGCGGCUGGCCUCAGAGGCCUCGCGCCUGGCCCAGUACAACCACCGCUCCACCAUCACUAGCCGCGAGGUGCAGACAGCCGUGAGGCUCCUGCUGCCCGGCGAGCUGGCCAAGCACGCCGUCUCCGAGGGCACCAAGGCCGUCACCAAGUACACCAGCAGCAAGUGA